ACGACUCACACAGAUAUACGGAAACACAAUAUGAGCACCUAGGUGGGAGACACCGAGCACGCCGCCAUACAUUCCAAGGGGGGGCGAGGAUCUGCCGUAAGGGUGACAGAGUCUUGAGUGUGACGACAGCCUUGUGAGCAGGUGACCCCUCUUCAUGAUUAGGUGACAUACAAAUAAGGUUCGGUAUGGAGGACUCUGUAAGGAAACGUAUCCUGGCCAUCAGUGUGUUUCAAUGGGUGUUGACCUUUCUCCUAAUGGGAACAUUUUUCACCUUGCUGCUCAUCUAUCUCCUCUUCACCUCAUUUUGGCUGAUUUCAGUGGUCUAUUUCUGCUGGCUUUUAAUUGACUGGGACACUCCAUCUCGAGGUGGUCGCAGAGUGCACUGGGUAAGGAAGUGGACAGUGUGGAAGCAUUUUAGAGACUAUUUCCCAAUAAAGCUGGUGCAGGCUUCUCCACUGAGCCCCGACAGGAAUUAUGUUCUUGGUUGUCACCCCCAUGGCAUUUUCUCUACUUCUUCAUUUUGCAACUUUGGUACUGAGGCUACCGGCUUCUCCGAGCUGUAUCCAGGGGUCCGUCCUUAUCUGGCAGUCCUCGCGGGCCUAUUCAGACUUCCCCUUUAUCGGGAUUACGUCAUGUCAGCCGGAUGUGCUCCUGUAAAUAAGGACAGCCUGAAAUACAUCCUCUCCAGCUGCGGCACUGGGAAUGCCCUAUUUAUUGUGGUGGGAGGAGCAGCGGAGUCCCUUAAAAGCAGUCCAGGACAACACGUCGUCACACUGGGGGGCAGGAAGGGAUUUGUCCGACUGGCCUUGGAGAAUGGGGCAGACCUUGUGCCGGUGUAUUGCUUCGGAGAGAAUGACAUCUAUGAACAGGUUCACUUUACUCCGGGCUCCUGGGGCUGGAAGCUGCAACUCCUCUUCCAGAAAUAUGUGGGAUUUGCCCCCUGCCUGUUCAAAGGCACUGCAGUGUUUGGGGAGGGCAGUUGGGGCCUAAACCCCUUCCCUCGACCCCUAACUACUGUAGUGGGAAGACCCAUCCGUGUGCUGCAUUGUCCCGUCCCUUCAGAAGAAGAAGUGUCACAUUAUCACAGACUCUACAUAGAGGGACUGAAGCAGCUCUUUGACGAGUUCAAGGUGUCUUGUGGACUCUCAGCUAGUGAUGUUCUACAGAUCAUCUGACCCGGUUUUGGGCAGCGUCUGGCUCCCCAUCUACGACAAUCCUAUACAAGGCAGUGUGCC